CCGUCCCUGGUCUCUGAGAUGAAGUGGAUGGGAGGGGCGUCCCUGGUCUCUGAGAUGAAGUGGAUGGGAGGGGCGUCCCUGAGAUGAAGUGGAUGGGAGGGCCGUCCCUGGUCUCUGAGAUGAAGUGGAUGGGAGGGGCGUCCCUGGUCUCUGAGAUGAGGUGGAUGGGAGGGGCGUCCCUGGUCUCUGAGAUGAGGUGGAUGGGAGGGGCGUCCCUGGUCUCUGAGAUGAGGUGGAUGGGAGGGGCGUCCCUGGUCUCUGAGAUGAGGUGGAUGGGAGGGGCGUCCCUGGUCUCUGAGAUGAGGUGGAUGGGAGGGGCGUCCCUGGUCUCUGAGAUGAGGUGGAUGGGAGGGGCGUCCCUGGUCUCUGAGAUGAGGUGGAUGGGAGGGGCGUCCCUGGUCUCUGAGAUGAGGUGGAUGGGAGGGGCGUCCCUGGUCUCUGAGAUGAGGUGGAUGGGAGGGGCGUCCCUGGUCUCUGAGAUGAGGUGGAUGGGAGGGGCGUCCCUGGUCUCUGAGAUGAGGUGGAUGGGAGGGCCGUCCCUGGUCUCUGAGAUGAGGUGGAUGGGAGGGCCGUCCCUGGUCUCUGAGAUGAGGUGGAUGGGAGGGCCGUCCCUGGUCUCUGAGAUGAAGUGGAUGGGAGGGGCAUCCCUGGUCUCUGAGAUGAGGUGGAUGGGAGGGGCGUCCCUGGUCUCUGAGAUGAGGUGGAUGGGAGGGGCAUCCCUGAGAUGAAGUGGAUGGGAGGGGCGUCCCUGGUCUCUGAGAUGAGGUGGAUGGGAGGGCCGUCCCUGGUCUCUGAGAUGAAGUGGAUGGGAGGGGCGUCCCUGGUCUCUGAGAUGAAGUGGAUGGGAGGGGUGUCUCUGAGAUGAGGUGGAUGGGAGGGGCGUCCCUGAGAUGAGGUGGAUGGGAGGGGCAUCCCUGAGAUGAGGUGGAUGGGAGGGCCGUCCCUGAGAGGCAUCCUAGGUGCCUAAUUUGAUUAACUUUGUGUAAUAAGGCCGCAAAACAUGCGUGUGCCCGUUUUCACGCAAAAGUUGGCAUUUAUAAAAAAUGUAACUUGACAUGAGGAUUGGCCUAUCCUCCCGGAAACUGUAGACCAUGCGUACGCACAGUUUUGUGCCCGCAGAUAUGUAGUGUUAGAUUUACGCAAUAGUUAUAAAUGAGGCCCCUGGUGUGAUGAGGUUGUGAGGGGAAGUGGCCUGCAGAUCAGGAGUAAGGUUUUAGUGAUAGUCCAAUAGAUGGCUGAUUCCUGUGUGUGUGUGUGUGUGUGUGUGUGUGUGUGUGUGUGUGUGUGUGUGUGUGUGUGUGUGUGUGUGUGUGUGUGUGUGUGUGUGUG